AUGGCUUCAAAUAAUCAUCAUCAUGUCGGAACAACAAGUCUUCAACAAAAGAAGAAGGAAAUUUCAAUCUCGGAAGAGAGAGAGUGCUGUUGGAACACUGAAUUGCCUCAACUAUUAAUGAAAGGAAUUUGGGCAACAGAGAAGGAUUUUUCAAGAAUACCGUAUCAUCUCAUUGAGAAUAUGUAUCAUUCUGAAAGUGGAUUAUAUAGUGAAGGUUGUUGGCACAAUUUCGUGAUGGGACUUAAUUUAUUUCAAAUGCUUGAACAACAAACUCGUGAGGAAGGAAUUGCUAAAUUCUGUAAGGAAAAUCUGUUGGAGGAAAAACUGGCUCGAUUAUCUCAAUCUGUCUAUGCUUUGAAUUUUGAUAGGGAUCAAUACUUGUUUUUCCAGAGACAACCUUCAGGAAUUUGGCAAUCUGCAGAUGAAAGUGAAAUGCAAGAGAGAAAAGACUUUUGGAAAACAAAUAAGGAUGAAAAGAAGUUGAUCAGUAAUGCAAUGGGAUUGCUAUUUUACAGUACAGUUUCAAAGGAUGGAAAAUUUAUUCCACAAGAUUUGGAUUUAAACAAAUUUUGUGAGUCAAUUAUCGAUCACUUUUAUGACAAAGAAAAACAGUUGUGGAAAACAAAGAUUAGCUCAGUUGAAGGUCAUGAAGUUAUGGCACAACAUUACAGACUCGUGGAUCAUGCAAUGUUGUUCUUAGCAUUUUCAUCAUUUGUGUCACAUCCUACUGUGAAAGCUGACCUUAAAGAACGACUAUCUCAAACGAUUGAUGACAUUUUAGAGAUUAUUCUUAAAAGAUUCAAUGCUGAAAAUUUCACAGAGCGUAUUACUUAUGUAGAUGCUGAUUUAACAUGCCACUCCAAGCGAUUUUUGUGGCAAGAUUGUUGGCUAUUGCUAGCAUUGAUAAAGUCAGGCAAAUGCCACACACAACUUCCAUUCAUGGUACAGGAAUUAUACAGAGAAUAUCUGGACAAAGAGACAGGAUUUUUGUUCAGUGAAGCUAUUGGAACUGUGUCAGAUCCGUCCACCAUUAGAACGAAGAGCGUUAAUGACAAGGUGAGAAAAAUUUCUCCAAUCACAGGACAAAUGUAUAUCAGUUUUAUUAAUGACAAUGCACUCUUUAUGCUAAUAUUGAGGUGUAGAGAGGUCUACUGCUCGGAUAAUGACAGCAUUUCACAAUUAGACUCCCUAUUCAAGAAGUUUGAGGCCUCCUUUGAUAGGUACAUUGAACAGUCCAAGGUAAAAACAGAUGCCUCUGAUGGCCAAAGGUUACUCAUCUCAGAUUAUCUCAUUAGAGAGGGAUUGUGGGCAAAUAGUGAGACACUAUUUUCAUUACUUUUACCAUGCUCCUUUUUCACACAGAAUAAAUAA